AUGAUUGAACUGGUGAGGAACAACGCACGCAUUGUCCCCCUCGUAAUUUGUUUCCUAUUUUUGCCACUUCAGUUUAGCAAAAAAUGGAAAGGCUUCCCAAAUGUCCAUUUGUUCAGCUUCCUUCUGGGCAUAAUGCUCAAUGGAAUGCUCGAAAUAAAAAUUGACGACAGAAAAUAUGUAGAUUGGGUUAUGCAACGGGUACUGUCUUAUUCGUUAUGCAUAUCCCUCAUGAUGACUUUUUCGUGUAUGAAAAAAAAGGCAAUUGUGUGUAAUCAACGUGAAGGCGAAGAACGCGAAACUACUUUCACAGAGGAGGGAAUAAAGAAAAAAAAAUACUUGUACAAUUUACUAAUUGGUACCACCAGGGUUGCGCCCUUUGGCAUCGCUUUUAUGUUCGGCGCCAUAGGGACACUGGUCGGAGGAAUGGCUUCUUACCAAAUAACGAAAAGAUUCUUUUUGCAAAAUAAUGAAAAGAGGAGUGAAGAACGUUUGAAGAAAUACACCAGCUGCUUCGUUGCUACCUACAUCGGUGGCUACAUAAAUUUUGUAGAAGUAGCUGACCUGUUAGCGAUGGACAUUUUGGAAAAGAACAGCAUGUUCGUAUUAGACGAUUUGUUUACCAAUCUCUUUCUUAUCACUUUACCCUUAUGGAAACAUGUUGGCGUUUUUUUUUUUCUCCAGGGUGAGAAAUCUGAACCGUUGCAUACCAGUGAAUGUGCCACGGAACAAAAUGGAAGUGCAAUAAAGCUAUCUGAUGAACAGAGGGAGGCAAAGAACAGAGAAGAAAUAACACACCUGCUGUGGGAUUCACCUCCGUACGCAUCAUACGGGUCCUUUCUAAAUGAUGAGGACUGGACAUUACCCCUAGGGGAGGACCAGAAGAUAAAGCACCAUGAAGUGUACUUCUUACCUACAUUGUUGUGCAAAUGCCUAUCUGACUGCUUAUCCGUGGUGCUCAUAAUAGGACUGAGCACGAAAGUUCUGAGUGACUACGAGUUCAUCUAUCAGUUUGUCACUUUCUAUACCCCGGCUGAGAAAUUCAAAACGUACAUUUUAUUUUCCCUUGCCUUUGGCUACCUAUUUUGCCUGGACUGCAUUGCAAACAUUAUGACCAGGCGGAUAAAGAGACGCACACAGAGAGCAGAAGCUUUUAUCACGCAUAUUUAUUUCAGGGCUACAGAGUACUACUCAACGGUUUUGCACCUUUUGACUGUUUACUAUUUGUCCCUUUCGGGGAUGUCCAUUGAUGUGAGCGUUUUGUGUAACACUGUAAAGCCGCUAACCAUAUUGGUGGUAUGCCUACUGACGACUCAUUUAAUUUGCGUUUUUCUAUUUUCUUACAUGUUCAACGUAGUUACCAAAUGGUCUCGCCUGGUUUUACAUGUAGACGAAGUUUUGCUAGCCAUUAAUGCAAAUAUCGGAGGGCCCAGUACUGCUGCGCUCAUGUCCGAUGUGCUCAGCAGACCUGAUUUGGCCUUUGCCGCGACUUUCUGGGGUGUCUUUGGUUACUUCGUGGCCACGCACGCGGCCAUGGGUAUGUACGCACUUUUGUAA